GCCCCUUGAAGCCCCGAGUGAUGCCACCACCCCAGCUGGCCAAUUAGACCUUCCCAACCAACCCACCUCCAAUCAAAGAAAAGUCCCUGACCGUCUAUCGCAUCUUGAAUUUAUUCUUCCCUCUCGUCCUCUACAUCCCCUGCUUCUCAACCUCACCUACGAGCUUUCUCUCACUGUUCAUUCUUUUCCGGAGGUCGAACAAGCAAAACACACUCAUUGUAAGGCCGUCUUGGGCAGAGUUUUCCCGGCAAGAUGAAUUCUACCUACGCCACCCCCGUCACUUAUGGCGACUAUUUCAACGACAUUUCACAAUAUAAUGUCCACCUCAAUGUGUUCGAAAAGGCGUGGGCAGCGUGGUACGCCUACAUGCAGAACGACGUCCUCGCCACCGGCAUCAUGUCCUUCGCAAUGCACGAGCUUGUCUACUUUGGUCGGUGUGUACCGUUCAUGAUCAUGGACAAGAUCCCCUACUUCCGCAGAUAUAAGAUCCAGGGCCAAAAAAUGCCGACCCUUUCCGAACAAUGGCAAUGCGCCAAACUCGUCCUCCUCUCUCAUUUUACCGUCGAAUUGCCACAAAUCUGGCUCUUCCACCCGAUGGCACAAUACUUUGGUCUCUCGACUUCGGUUCCAUUCCCUCACUGGACCAAGAUGGCAUGGCAAAUUGCUUUGUUCUUCGUCCUCGAAGAUGCCUGGCAUUAUUGGUUUCACCGACUUCUGCACACUCCUCGUCUGUACAAGAUGAUUCACAAGCUCCACCACCAGUACAGCGCACCUUUCGGUCUUGCUGCUGAAUAUGCUUCCCCUAUCGAGACCAUGAUCCUGGCUUUCGGCACUGUCGGCAUUCCCAUUGUCUUCUGCGCCAUUUUCAAAGAUCUCCACAUCAUGACAAUGUACCUCUGGAUUGUUGGCCGUCUGUUCCAGGCAAUCGACGCUCACUCUGGUUACGAAUUCCCCUGGAGCUUGCACCACUUCCUUCCAUUCUGGGCUGGUGCCGACCACCACGAUGUCCACCACGAGAAAUUCCUCGGAAACUACGCCAGCUCAUUCCGAUGGUGGGAUGCUAUGAUGGCCACCGAGGCCGGUAGUGCUUCAGCCCCGAAGACCAGGGAACAGAAGGCUGCUGUUGCGAAAAAAGUUGAAUAAAUUUUGCUUUGCCACAAAGACAACCGAAUCAUCCUUGAUUCUGUCAAGACGCAGCUCUUCGACCGGCUUCGUUGUAUAUAUUUGGUCGAAACAGAAGAAAUGCCUGAGAGCGUGUCAAAAAAAGGGUUGCAUAAGCGGGCGUUCUUCGUGUGGUUUGGGGUUUCUUAGACUGAGGAUCAGGGACCGGGUUUUGGCAUAGCGUUGAAUUAGCCUAGCAUGCUUGCUGGCUUUUUAAUGAGGAAAUACAUAUUAUUAUUCUCGUCCA